GUCCAAAGAGGAGGCAGCCGCCCGGAGCCGGGACUCUCCGCCACCUCUCGGAGGUAACCGCUAUCCUGACUUCAACCACUAGAGCGUAGAACUUUGUAUAAAUAAAACCAUGCAAAAGUUUCUAGGACUGGACGAAAAUAAUUUGCUGAGAUGUCAGCUGGGAAUUCUCCCAGGGAAAGCUUGGAAAUGGAGAGCUUCCACACAAGAUUCAGUGCCUGGACACCUUUUAGCAACAAGUCAUUAAAUCGACAGCUCUUUCAGGAAACAGUUGCUCUUAUAAGUCAUUGGUUUGACCUCUGGACUAACAAGCAACAUCAAGAAUUCUUAUUCACGAUUUUUUUAUGAUGCACUAAAUCACAAUUAAGGGUUGUCCAAGACUGGUUUUCAGAAAGGAUGCAAGUGGCCAGAGUGGAUUUUCUACCACACUUCAUUUCUCUAUAUAUCUUUUCCUUUCUGAAUCCAAAAGAUUUGUGCGCAGCUGCACAAGUCAGCUGGCCCUGGAAAUUUUUAACUGAACAGGAUUGCUUAUGGAUGCCCAAAUGCAUGAAGUUUGGAUGGUUUCUGCCCUAUAUGCCAACAGAUAGUGAGUAUGGUGCUUGGAAGCACCAUUACAUUGCUUGUGUGUCCAGCUUAGAUUGGCUAACCCCUAGGGAAGCCACAGCUCUUUAUGGGACCCUGAAUGAACCCAAAACAGAAGAUGAGCAACUACAGGAGAGGCAAAGAGAAAAGUGCCUAAGGAAAAUAAUUUGGGAGAAAAUUGCACUACGUAAGAAGGAUUUGCUCAAAGUUCGACCCCCUUGGGUGAAUGGAACAUGCUGCUCUAGAUUGUUCAAAUCCAAAUGCCAACCACGUCUCUCCCAGACUGUGAGGGAUCGAGUGGGAUUACAUGAAACUUUGGAGAAACAGCUUGUUUUGGCAUCUUUAGAAGCUUUGCCCAAGCGAAGCAAUGUUUCUGGGUGCCAUUCCUACCCUUUAUUAUCAAAGAAAAAUUGGCAUGGAGUUUAUAAAAAUGACAGCAGCUCUUCCCAUGCUCUCCAGCCACACUUCAUAUUAAUAUCAUCUCGGACUCCUGCAUAUGAGAUGGUGGUGAACAGUGUUAGAGCAGAUAUGACAUUUUGAUCUUUCCCCCCCUCAGGCUAUAAAAUUGGUAUUAAAAAUUUACUGAGGCCUGAAGUGAGAGAUUCCUGGGAGACAUUAGGAAGCUAUGUGGCCCCUGAAGAAGAAGGGGAUCACGUGGACCUCUUUGUACCACUCGGAGCAUCAGAGGCAGGAACAGAAGUUCUUUCUCAGCUGUCUCAACUGACUGGCACGUUAUUGACUGCCCCCAAUGGGAUUGCCACCGGGUCAUACCAACACAUUCUUAGUGACUGGCUGGGACGACAGUAGGAAAGGGCGCCCCCUUCCACCUACUUCAGUGAAUCAAAGCUGCAGACAUGGUCCAGCCUCACCGACUUCCUGGAAGACACCUUGAAAUCAGUAAGGAAACAACUAAGUCCUCUCUUCAAGGAGUUGCAGAAGAACAUAAGUGGCAGGAUGACAGGGCAAUUUGUAUCAGACACCAUGAGUAUGGCUAACAUUCUGAAUAACCAAGAAAUUAUACAAGCUCUGGCAGAGGGAUUGAUAGAACUUUCAAAAGAAAAUUCUGAAAGAAAUGUUAUAGAAGAUAAUCCUCAUAACACAAAAUCAAGUCUCAGCAAAAACGGUCCAAAUUUUGAGUUGCUGGUUGAGUUGGAGAGAAAGCUGCAGCUGGACUCAGCCGAAAAGCGGACCAGCGUCAUCAGGGAACUCUUACAGAGUGAGAGAAAAUACGUGCAAAUGCUGGAAAUUGUGAGAGAUAUUUACAUACGGCCACUUAGAGCAGCACUGUCGUCAAAUAGAGCAAUUCUGAGCGCGGCAGAUAUCCAGAUCAUUUUCUCUGAUAUUCUGCUGAUUUAAUGUCUCAGCAGGUGGUUUCUAGAUGACUUGAGAGACAGACUACAGGAAUGGGGCCCAGCUCACUGCGUGGGAGAAAUAUUCAUAAAGUUUGGAAGCCAGUUGAACAGAUACACCAAUUUCUUCAACAAUUACCCUGUUGUUCUGAAAACUAUGGAGAAGUGCAGAGAAAUGAUACCAGCAUUCCGAGCUUUCCUGAAGAGGCAUGAUAAGACCAUUGUUACAAAGAUGCUGAGCCUUCCGGAGCUGCUUUUGUACCCAUCCCGAAGGUCUGAAGAAUAUAUUCAUCUUCUCUAUGCUCUGAGGCUUCACACUCCUGCAGAACAUGUUGACCAUGACUUGACCACUGCAAUUGAAGUAAUCAAAAAAUACAAAGUUUACAUAGAUCAGAUGAAGCAGAACAUCAAUAUGAAAGAUCAGCUGUCAGACAUAAUCAUCUCUGGGUGCCCGACUCUAUCAGAAGUAAACAGAUAUCUGAUUAGGGUCCAAGAUGUAGCCCAACUUCACUGCUGUGAUGAGGAACUAAGUUUCUCUUUAAGGCUCUAUGAACAUACCUGUGACCUCAGUCUUUUCCUCUUCAACGAUGCACUGCUUGUUUCUAGUCGGGGCACGUCUCAUACUCCGUUUGAAAGGACUUCAAAAUCAACCUACCAGUUCAUUGCAUCAGUGGCCCUUCAGAGACUACUCAUAGAAGAUAUUCCAGAUUCCAAAUAUACCAAGAAUGCAUUUAUUCUUCAAGGUUCAAAACAUGAAUGGAUUUGUUCUACAGAAGUUGAGGAUGAUAAAUUCCUGUGGUUGUCAGUACUCCAAAACGCCAUCGAAAGUAGUAUGGAAAAGUGAGACUGGACUUAAAACACCAGGAGUUCCAAUCUGCCCUGGCAAAGACAGACAGCAUGUUACUUUCUGUUCCAGAAGAUCCAGUAAGGAGCAGAAUGAUUAUCUGUCAUGGAUGAUGGGAGGAUGAACUAGGAUGGCCCAUAAAGCUCUUCCUAGCUUUUAAACUUUAUCAUCUAUGCCCAAUUAUGUGAAAUGGACAGUAAGAAAAAUGUGAGUAUGAUAUUUUGAACCACUUCUUUUGGUAGUUAUUUUUCAUGAACAGUAUUAUUUAGAGUAAUCUGACUGACAGAACCUAAG